CUCUCUACGCCAACUACGUAUUGCCUUGUGACUGAUUAUCGCAGGCAACAGCGCAGUCAUACUUCAUUCACUCCUCGUCGAUCCGAAGAGAGCUAAACGCGGUGCCUUGCAUUAGUUCGGCUUUCUUCUUUCUUCCCUUGAUCAUCAACCCCUCCAUCUUCCCACCAUCGCCGCGGAACUGCCUCGCUGUUUCGAACACCUUCCGCCAUCGCCGACGAUAGUUACGACGCUGCAGACGAGACCGACGACGUCUGCGCACGACCUCCAUUGACAACUUCGCGCGCGAUCAAAACAUCACCACGACACAUCCACAACCAUGACGGUCGACAUUGACUACACCCGCCGGAACAAGAAGCCGCGUCUCCUCUCCGAUGCCGAGCGAGUGAAGCUGGACGAGUUCAUCGAUGCGAUACACUACUCUUCAAGAUACAACGACGACCAAUACGAAUACCGCCACGUGCAGCUCCCGAAGCAGAUGCUGAAGGCCAUUCCCAAGGACUACUUCGACGGAGGUCGCGGAACACUGAAGUUGCUGUGGGAGGACGAGUGGAGAGGUUUGGGCAUCACACAGAGUUUGGGAUGGGAACACUACGAGGUUCAUGAGCCGGAGCCGCAUAUUCUGCUGUUCAAGCGACCAAUGAAUUUCCAGGCAGGCCAAUAAUGGCCGUUCCCUUUACCAAGAACCGGCAUACCCCGAUCGACGACCCUUUAGAACUUCUCACGACCGGAAAACGAACGCGACUGAACGGUUCAACGACAAAUGCUCUCGCGUUGCCUCUCCCUACUUCGACGAACCCAUGCACAGGCGUCCUCGGAUCUCAGCACAGCCAGAAGGCUUUGAUCGAAUUGCAUACAUG